UUAACAAGUUGGGUAUGAAUACACUUGCAUAUUGGCGAGUGAAUUUGUUACGUAAUAUAAUUUAAAAUAGACGAUGGACUUUGAUUAUUUCUAUCGUAACUAAUUCCGAGAAUGCGCGUUAUUUAUCUGUCAAAUAAACCGUGGCAAAAGUGGACAAAGGUUUCAAGACGCAAUUUUCUGUUUUUACGUAAAAUGUCCGCUAAUUCGCCUCCAGGGAAAAGUGAUGGAGAAGAUUCAUCUGAUGUUCCGCCGACUAUCCCGCCAAAUCCUAUAGAGAGCUUGGGCUCUAGAAUUCGCGAUUUGGAUGUUGAUUCGAUCCGACGAUAUUUGGCUCAGAAACUAGGAUUUUACGAGCCACCAGAACCCCCAGCGCAGGUCGACAAAGUCUUGGAUGAGGUCUCCUUGGACGGCAUAGUAAAUUGGAUAAAAAGUGAUAGAUGCAAAAAUAUAAUAACGCUAUCAGGAGCUGGCAUAUCGACUUCUGCUGGGAUUCCGGAUUUUCGUAGUCCUGAAACAGGAUUGUACCACAAUCUACAAAAAUAUAAUCUGCCUGAUCCGCAAGCAAUAUUUGAAAUAAAUUUCUUCAGGCAAAACCCAAAACCAUUCUUUACACUAGCAAAAGAAUUGUUCCCAGGAAGCUUCAAACCAACUAUAUCACAUUACUUCAUCAGAUUGCUACAUGAGAAAGGUCUGCUGCUGCGUCACUACACCCAGAAUAUAGACACGCUAGAAAGGGUGGCAGGCAUUCCAGCAGAUAAGUUAGUAGAAGCACACGGCACUUUUUAUACUGCACACUGUCUUGACUGUCGCAAGGAGUAUACACUUGAAUUUGUUAAAGAGCGCAUAUUCGCCGAUCAAUUACCGAUUUGCACAGCAUGCCCUGGGAUUGUGAAGCCAGACAUUGUCUUCUUUGGAGAAAGCCUCCCUGACCGCUUCCAAGAGUGCCUUCAACAAGAUUUUGAACAUUGUGAUAUGCUAAUCAUUAUGGGUUCAUCGUUAGAAGUGCAACCAUUUGCAUCCCUUAUUGAUAUGGUUCCAGACUGGUGUCCAAGGCUGCUCAUCAACCGUGAAAAGGCUGGGACGAGAUCGCCGUUGUAUCGAUUGAUAGGGCUCGUGGGCGGUGGUUUGCAGCUGGACGAAGACGCUGUCAGGGACGUGGCGCGCCUGGGUGAUUGUGAUGAGGGGUGCCAGGAUGUAGCCGACAGACUUGGGUGGGGGGAUGAGUUGCGAGCCAUGGUGGCACGCGAGCACGAGCGCCUCGACCUGGAGAACGCGGCUUCUGCACCGCAUGCGCAUCACUCACCGCACGCAGCGCAUGUAGCGCACGCGCCGCAUGUACUACACGCACCGCAAAUACUACACGCACCGCACGUUCCGCACGUGCCGCACGUACCGCCCGUACCGCACGCACCGCACGCACCGCACGUACCGCACGCACCACACUCUCCGCAUUCUCCGCAUUCUCCGCACUCUCCGCACUCGCCGCACGCCGCUACACCCGGCCCCAGCGACAGCGCCGAUCCUAAGCUCUGAGUUAUACAUUAUUCCCUCGUAAUAUUUAGGGUUGAGGACUUCGUCUCUUCAACGUGCGACUUGUUUUGCAUCGCUGUAAAGUUCAUUGACGGUGCUUCAGAUGCCUGUGAUUCAUGCAAUAAUACAGCAAUAAAAGCUUGUGAUUGAGUAUACUUUAGAUCUCUUCCAGUUGGGAUAAGGUGUGAGAACAUCAGUUUUUAGAUUGUCUACGACUGCUAAGUCACAAUAUAAUUAGUUCUUUUAAUAAGGUAAAUAUAAUAUGGGUUCAUGACAUAAAUCACGAUUGCUUAUAAAAAAUAUCAAUGAUAAAAAGCCUUAUUAAAUUUUGUAUAUUGUAUCACUAGAACUAUAUAAUCAUUUACAUAAUAUAUAAACUUUUUGUAAUGACAUUAAAAUAUACCAUAAUAUAUUUGUUAGAAUUUAAAAAUAUUUUUGCAAGUACGUCGCAUGUUGAUUGAGGUAUUACCAUAAACUUAUUGUUCCUAGACCCUACGUACGUGUGGUAGGUACUUAUUUGAGUGCGCCGUAAAUUCUGAUAAUAAAAUAUUAAAUUUUUAGUCACAUGACAUUACGAAAAUAUAUCAAAAGUAUAUAUUUUUAUUAAUUUGAUUCCAGACACAAAACUAGCAAUAUUAUAGUUAAUUGGUAUAGGUAUUUAUGAUAGUGCCUCGUAAUUUAUGAAUUUAUAAAUAAUUUAUUUUAAUUUAGUGCUUGUUUCACAAUUAGAUGGGGUGUGAUGUAGUCUAAUUAUGUUCGUUAAACGCAUAACUGCGGCACAUAGCAAUAUACUGUUCAAUAUAAAAUUAUAUAAAGGAAUGGGAAGUGACUGAAUUAGUUUCGUUUCUCCAAUAAUUAUAAUUUAAGCAAUAAUACCCAAUUUCGCGUAGUUUUUAAAUAUGUCGCCUAUAUACAGUAUAUGAAGUACUUAGAAUUGCCAGGUUCAUUUGCUUUCAAAGAAAAUAGUUGCCAUAUAUCAACCAUAAAAUAUUAAUUGUAUUAUAAUGAAAAUAUAUCUACUUGUUUGUUUGAAUAUCUGAAGAUUAAACAUAAUUGUUUCAGAUAUAAAAGUAAAAAGCUACGGAAAAUUGGGUUAAAUGUGCGCGGUUAUGUCAUACAUUUGUGAUUAUUGUGUUGACAUAUUUUAAUUUAUUAUUAUCCAAUGUAUGAUCAUUUUUUAAAAAUAUAUCCGUGAAAUUGCAUUUAUACUUUAAAAUCGUUUGUCUCCUCUUUCCAUUAAUCUUAUUUUUAUUUUACUUAAUGGUUGUUGCACACUAGCAACAUAAGGCGCAAGACGCAAAUUAUCAAAGGGAAUACAAAUACUACGUAAGACAAAUUAUGAUCAAUUAAAUGGGUAUAAAAUAAAUAAUCUAUAAACAUCAGCAUUACACAGCAUAUUUUGCUGGUGGUAGGAUAUAUUUUAUAUCAGUCCGGAUAGCGACCACCAUACGCAAGGUGCAUAAAACAUGCCAUAGUGGCCCACGUCAGUGUGUCGCGUUCCGGAAUCAGCCUAUGUAAAUCCAAUUCCAACAGGCCGUCAAAAUUGUGUCGAAUGCUGAAAGGUAAAUUGAUAUUUACCCCUCGGCAGACACAAUUUUGACGAGAGACAAGAGAUGAUUCUCUCGUCUUACCAUCAGACGCGAUGGGGUCACUUCGCACAUUAAAAAAAACUUGAGGUGGUUUUGCAACAAAAGCCUUGUUUCAUUCUCUUUACGGAGACAGCUGACAGACAAACUGAGUUGCAGCUCGGAGUAAGGAAGUUGGCGGUGUGAUACCUCCGUGUCACACCGUCAACUCGGAAAGAACGUAAAGCUGUUCGUCCUGCGCCUGAUCUCUCUCCGGACAUGUCGGAUUGCUGUCUCACUGUAUUGAGAGUGUAGGAACAGAGAGUGCAUCUGUGUAUUGCGCACACCCUGGUGCAGUACAAUAUCUCCUGCGUACCUGGCUGUUCUCCGUUGAGAUUGGCCGCCGUGGCCGAAAAUUUGGCUAGGAGGAUUCAUACUGCGACAAAUUUUAGUGUUCACUUAUACAGUCAGGUCCCUUAGAACGUCCCAAAAAACGCAACUCGCAAGCCGAUGUCGCUUAAUUUUCAUGUUUGCGAUUGGUCGAGGAAUCAAUGCGUCAAUCACGUGUUAGUAUUUCAACCAAUUACAAUGAAACGAUACGGGGUCGUGGCAAAUUUUUUUUUACCGUUCUAAAUACACAACUAUUAUGCGUGAUAAUUGGAUGCAUUUAUUUAAGAUAUUUCUUACUGCUAGGUUUCUCACGGGAGUGUCCGCCUGGGUAGGUACCACCGCAAUGUCUAUUUCUGUCGCCGAGCAACAGUGUGAAGUCACUGUUUUGUUCCUAUUUGAAGGACAUUUUAGCCAGUGUAACUACUAGACAUAAUAAGACUAACAUCUCGUCUUUCAGGAGGGCGACCGCUGUAGAAUACCAAACUAUAUAUAGGGUGAUUUAAGAUUUUCCAGGUUCUAACACAAUUUUCUCAACUAUUAAUAAAAAAAAUGAAUAUUGUUAGUGUGAAAUGGCCAUUAGAAAAGUAAACAAAAUAUUAAACGUGUCUUAUGGUACAGAUAUGCGUAUACUAUUUGUGUAAAAAGUUUACAUGAUGCAAAUGUGAACUGAAUUCAUUAAUAUAAACUUUAUAUUAUAAUGUUUUUAGGAUCAAGACUACAUUAUGGAUUUACAACAAUGAAUAUUGAUUAGUGUUAAAUAUCUCGUUCCUUGGUGUGAAAUUUUAUAAGUGCUGUCCAAUUUCUAAUGUCUCAUAGCUUUGAAAAUAUUAACACAAUCUUCCAAAAAGUGAUUAGAUGUCCUCUUAUACAGUAAUAACUAUAGAAGUGUUCAAUUUGUUUGUAUCAUGUAAACUUGAAAUAUAAUCUGUAUGUUAAAUGCCUAGUGGUAUAUUUAUUUUUAUAAAUACGUAGAUGUGUUACAGUGAAGCCAAAAGCUAUACACUCUAUAUAAUGGGUGCAUUGUUCAGCAAUAAUUGUUAUUAAGAUACAUAUUCCAUAGAUUGUUUUAUAUUUUCGCUAAAUACAAAUGUUAUAAAAUGUAUUGCAAUAGAAUCAUAUAAAUUAUACCGUUGAACUGAAAUUAUAUCCUGUGCUUACAUUUUGUGGAAUAAUAAAAAGCAUAAUAAA